AUGCACAAUAUUCAGUUUAUCCUACUAAUAACUGUCUCAUGGGAAACUGCUGCAAUCUUCCUACGGAGAGGUAUAAAAUGUGGUGGAAUCCUGUCCAGCACUGCCGGUAACCUCUCCAGCCCUAACUUCCCAGGCUUGUACCCACCUAACGUCGAGUGCUCCUGGCUGAUUGUGGUGUCUGAAGGAUCUACAGUGCAGCUUACAUUCCACCACUUUGACCUGGAGUUCCACGAUGCAUGUCACUAUGACUAUGUGAAGAUUUAUAAUGGCGCACCCCGAGAUGAGGGCAACCUCCUGGGCAAAUUCUGUGGCAACACCAUACCCCCCCAGAUGAUCUCUUCCUGGCAUGUGCUCUCAGUACUUUUUCAUUCUGACAAGCAUGUUGGCAGCACCGGCUUUUUUGCUACCUAUCGAAAAGAUGUCUGCGGAGGUAUCCUCACCGGUCUCUCCGGCACAAUAACCAGCCCAGAUUACCCUGACAACUACCCCAACAAUGCAGAGUGUCACUGGCUGAUCCAGGCUGCUCCUCACUCCAAAGUCCGUCUGGUCUUCACCGACUUCCAAGUAGAGAGCAGCGAUGACUGUGACUUUGACUACGUGGCCCUGUUCGAUGGCUCCAGAGCAGAGGCUGAGAAAGUCCAGCACUACUGUGGUCCUAGCAAGCCUCCAGAUACCACCUCCUCCUCCAGUGAGCUGCUCGUAGUCUUCAAGUCUGACUUCAACAUCGGUGGCCGAGGCUUUAAGGCAUUUUAUUCUUCAGGUGAAUGCCAGGACACGUUCACAGCUGUGAAGGGUAAUCUGUCCAGCCCUCGUUACCCAGAUCUGUACCCCAAUAAUAUAAACUGUCAGUGGCUCAUUCAUUUGUCACCUGGGUUUCGCAUCAAGAUUUUCUUCCAAGAUCUGGAGUUAGAGGAGAGGAGUAUUCUGACGGACACAUGUGAUUAUGACCACUUGUCAGUUUAUGAUGGUGAUCUAGAGCAGAGCACACUGUUGGGGAGGUGGUGUGGGAGCGAGAUCCCCCCUCCACUUGUGUCAAGCAAGAAUAAACUGCUGCUUGUCCUAGUCACGGACAGAGACACAGCUAACAAGGGCUUCUUGGUAUCCUACAUCGGGGUUGCGCCAAUCAACGUCAGCUGCACACGUACAGACUUCAUGAUUCAGAUUCCAAUUCAAGCUGUCCCUGAGCUGGAGAGAAGUCACAUAUACCUGGGGACACCCAUCUGUGCCGCUCAUACUUCUGGCACUAACUACAAGAUAUAUGCCCGAUUUGAUACUUGUGGUACAAAACCUAAAAAGAGGAAUAACACAUCUCUUAUUGUGAGCACGCUCUACGUGGACUUCUCACGUGGAACUCAGGAGGAUGUUCAUGAAUAUGAGGUUCACUGUGAGCCCAAGAGGAAAGAGGCCUCUGUGCAUCUUUUGUCUGGAUUAGUCCCAAACCAACUCAACGGGUUAGUAGAGAACGCAGCAGAGCCUCUUCUGCCAGAUGAGGAAGCAUCAGAUGGAGGACAGGACAGCAGUGACGUGGUGUUUAUCAGCAUCUGUAUCUUAGCUGGGGUUCUCAUGCUGAUCGCAGUAGUGGGACUGGUAUUAUUGUGAUAUGAUCAAAUGCCACAGUGUGGACACAAACUAAACCAUCCCAAACACUAACAGAAAGCUGUGCACAUAGCAAACACAGGACCGGAUCACAGCUGUAAACCGUUGUAACACACACUAUAGGUGGAGGAUUUAGAAUGAAAUAAUACACAUAGCUAACAAGACUCCACAGACCUAAUACACAACUAAAAAUACUGGUAUACCAGGCCCUAUACCUUAAAAUGAUGUGUGCAAACAAAGCUAAGGAUCAAGGGUGGGGAAUCAUUUGCUAAUACUUUUUCUCCUUAUUUAAACAUUUUACCCCAUCCUCCUAUCCUUGUCCUGCUAGAUCACAGGACACAUAAUAAGAGGUUUGUAAAUGUAUAGAAUUGGGGCUACAAUGGUUAGUGAUGCUCAGCACCCCCAGAAUCACCACUGCUGGUGUAUGGGUCACCCACAGGACACAGAUACUGAAGUAUAUGCUGUACUAAGAAACAAAUCUGCAUUGGAUGACAAACGUAUACUAUUGCUUUAUGUUUAUGAAACAUACAUUUUAAAUUAAUCCAGCUAAUGAUAACAGUGCACUCCAGCAUCAAUGUGACAGAAGGUAAAGAGACAAACAGAGCUGAUGCACCCCGUACCGGUACAGAUCACUAAUGGGGAUGUCCAGCACAAUCUGCUUGAGAUGUGAAGACUACAAAAAUCACAUCUGAGGGGCUACAAAUGCAUCUUGCAGAUUGUAAUCCAGCAGCCUUACACCAAUAUUGUUAUAGACAGACAAGGUCAGGUGUCUUAUUACAGCAAUGACCAAACCAGAGCAGGAAAACUGAUGUGAUUUUUGUCUCAAAAUGCUUAUACAUCAUAUUUACAAUAAAAGUAUAUGCAGUGCUUUAUAAUGAGAUCUUUUUUCAAACUAUAUG